AUGUCAUCCUCUAUAUUCACAUCCAGUUCUAUCGCCAGCAGCAGCGCGCGGGGCAGCAGUAUGUGCGGCGGAAGCAGGGGCGUCCUCAGCCGCAGCGCCACCCGCCCAUACCGCCCGUCCACGGGAACAGGCAGUGGAGGAGGCGGAGCCGCGGGCGGCGGAGGAGGAGGAAGGAUUAGCGGCAUUGCGAGGGCGGUUAGUCUAGGGAAUGAUAUGGGGACAGUGGCUGUCCCCAUUAUUGGCAAACAGCAGUUUCAGCAUAAGUCUGGCGGGACAACCCCUGGUGGGAGCAAGGGCACGUCCCCCAUACACGGUGCAGACGGUCCCGUUAUGAGGACGGAGCCUUUCAGUAGAGCAGGCGCCGCUGCAUACCUGCAACGGUUCCAUUCCCCCCAGGUAGCCUCCCCUGCUCCAGCAGCAGGAGCAGCAGCAGCAGCAGGAGGAGUUGCAACAGCAGGUGCAGCAGGAGGGAUUGCGGACACCCCUCCUCGCACGCACGUCCGCCGUCGAUCCGCGGACUUGCGUUCGAACCUCUCCCUCUCGCACUCCUCUUCCGUCCCUGACGGUUCUACAGACGCCACAGCCCCUACCCUGGCUAGAGCCGGUGGCUCAGGGCCUAUCACGCCCCAUCUGCCCGCUUCUGCUUCCGUCCCCAGUGGAAGGGGAGGGGGAGCGAGAGGGGGAGGCGGAGGAGGAGAGGGAGGGUCUACGACGAGCAGUCCGGGCCGGGAUUGGUCGGAGCAGCUGUCUAUGACUGAUGCGCCUUUCCUGCCUGGUAGGUGCCACCUCCCCUCUGCGUUGACCACCCUCCACCAAUCCCCUGCGUUGACCUCCUUCCAACCCUGCGUUGGCCUCCCUCGUGUUGACCUGCCUCCUGCUUCCGCCAUCGUUUACCUCAGCUCAUCGUGCUUCGACCUCACAGCGUGCCCCUCAUUGGCGUUGGAGUGGAACGACCUCUUUUUCGCCGUACAAGACGCCAUGGCUGCGUAUGACACGCUGCUGCUGGCGCCGCUGACCACUGGCGCGCUGCCACGUGGCAGCGAGGUGAAGGAGCUGCAGCAGAUGGCGGAUGAGCUGGCAGGCAUGGCCCGGGACAGGAUGAACGGCUCAGAUGAGGGCGACGCCCGCCGCUGCCCGCUGCUGCUGGUGCGCCUGUUUGCUCUGCGGGUGAAGCAGGAGACGCAACAGCUGUUGACCGCCGUUCGCGCAGCAGCAGAGGGGGCAGGAGAGGAGGAUCUCACGGUUCUGAGGGAUAGCCAGGAGUUGGGAGGCGUUCAGAGGAAGGUGGGCGGAGAAGCUGCGGGGGCAGCUGGGGAGGGUGUAUCUGCGUGUAGGGAUGGGCUGGGGGAGGCUGUAUCUGGUGCGGGGGGAGGUGGUGGGGGGAGGGAGGUGCCUCUGCUGGUGUGUCCUCAAAAUGACUGGGCUAGGCUGAGUGCUGAGUGUGACAGUAACGAAGGGGGCGCGUUGAAAGAGGUGAUUGUGUGGGACGAUGGGAUGGGGGAGCUACGGAAUCUGUUUAAGUCAGCAGCAGCUGCUACUGCUGCUGCUGCUGCUGCUGCUCCUAGUCCUGUUGGUGCCGCUGCUGGUGGGUUCAGUAGUGGGAAGGAUGAAGGGGGGGAUGAGAGUAGCAGGGAGAUUUUAGCAGCUACAGACUCGUGGGAUCCGAGGAGAAAGCUUGGAGAGGGCGGGUUCGGGUGUGUCUAUAGAGGGGAUGCUGCUAACGGGGAGGUGUGGGCGGUGAAGCGCGCGAAUACGGUUUCAGACGAGCAGCUGGAGGAGUUUGAGAAAGAGGUGUCAUUCAUGAGUCGCAUGGCCCACCAGCAUCUCGUGCGACUCAUAGGCUUCUGGGCGGACUGUGACGAGCGAAUCCUCGUCUACGAGUUCAUGCACAGCGGCAUGCUCUCCUCUCGCCUCCACCGCAGCGCCUCCCACGUCGCCUCCUCCCACCCCGCUUCCGAAGCCCACGCCAAAGACAGCAAGCCGUUCUUCAAGCUCUACCCGUCAUCUGCCUCGACUAGCAAGGCCGCUUCUGCUGCUGCUGCGCGUGCGUUGGACCUCCCACCUCCUCUGACGUUUGAUGAAAGAGUGAGCAUCGCUGUAGGAGCCGCGGAGGGGCUGCGAUACCUGCACGAUUUCGCUGCCGAUUCUGUGAUCCACCGCGAUAUCAAAUCGGAUAAUAUCUUAUUAACAGAUAAGCUCCAGGCGAAGAUUGCGGAUUUCGGGCUGCUGAAAUCGGCUGAUCUGGGAGGGCCAGGAGGGGGCGGUGCGGGGGUAAGCCACACCCGACUCAUGGGCACCCCGGGGUAUUGCGACCCGGAAUACUCAAAAACCUACAUCGCGUCGGCAAAAAGUGAUGUUUAUAGUUUCGGCGUGGUUCUUUUGGAGCUGAUUACAGGGCAGCGGGCGAUUUUAUCUGAGAAUAGAAAGAAGGGCAUAGCAGGCAGCAUGGCGGCUUUGCUGUGGCUGAGACCGGGCGUGGGGGGGAAGACGCAGCAGCAGAAGGAGAUGGAGAUGCUGGGCUUUAAGAAGAACAAGAAGUCGAGUAUGCGGGCCAUCACGACGCUCGUCAGCUGGGCCAUUCCGCUGAUAGCAGCAGGCAAGCUCAAGUCAGUGGUCGAUCCAGCCCUCGAAAACAACUACCCCCUGGGAGCAAUGAAAGCGCUCGCCAGCGUGGCAGCCAUGUGCGUCCAAAAGAGUGCCGCCCAGCGACCGUCCAUGGCUGAGGUGGCAACUCGCCUCUCCGCCAUCCAGCACAAGGUGCAAGAUUUGCAUAUUCAGGGAGAAGAGCCUAAGUAUAACUUCCAACCCACGCUUGCCGGCCCCUUACCUACUUCUGCCUCUACUGGUGGUGGUGCUGCGGCUGGUGGUGCUGCUGCUGGUGCUGUUGUUGCUGGCCGGUGGGGGAGUGGGGGCGGGGGAGGGAGUGGGGGAGGAGGUGGAGGAGGAGGAGGGGGAGGAGGGUCUGGGUCAGGCAGUAGCAGGAGUUUCAGUAGGACCGUUUCGGCUCCUGCCCAGCGGGUUGACCAGGCAGGGGGUGGUGGGAGUGGAAAGGAGAAGAAGAAGCAUCGGUACCAAGAGGUGGGCAGACCAGCAGGGAGCAAGGAGGGGACGGGAGAGAGUGGGAAGGAGGGUGCUGUUGGAAGGGAUGGGAAAGGCAAGGGGCUGUCGCGGCGGGAAUCGUCUAAAAGCGCAAGUAAAUCCAGUCUGCCUCUGCUUUCUGCUGGUGAUGCUGUAGAGUUUAGCUCGCAACAUGUUACAAACAGAUACAUGGCUGGGGGUGCGGGGGGGUUUUAA